UUUGUCAAUUUUAUCUUUACCUAAUCUCCACUCUAUAUAUUUAGACUCAAAUUAACACUUCAUAUUGAUUCCUAGAGAGGAAGAGAGAGAUGGGUUCUCAAUUGUUUUCAUCCACUUCUAUGGCCACUCUUCUUGUUCUUUGUGUUCUAUUUCUAAUGCCACAAUUUGCAUUGUGCAUAACUAGGCAUCACACAUUCAAUAUAAUAGCGCAAAACGUGACAAGAUUGUGCACCACAAAGAAUGUUAUAACCGUGAACGGGAAGUUUCCGGGGCCGCGGCUAGUAGCAAGGGAAGGUGAUCAAGUCCUUGUUAAGGUGGUUAACCAUGUCCCAAACAACAUUACCAUUCAUUGGCAUGGGAUUCGGCAACUUAGAAGCGGAUGGGCUGAUGGACCUGCUUAUAUAACACAAUGUCCGAUCCAAACGGGGCAGGCAUACACGUACAACUUCACAAUCACCGGACAAAGAGGAACUCUGUUCUGGCACGCCCACAUCUCGUGGUUACGAUCAACGAUUUACGGGCCCAUUAUCAUCCUCCCGAGGCGCAACGAGACCUAUCCGUUUGGGAGACCCUACAAGGAAGUCCCCAUAAUAUUUGGAGAAUGGUGGAAUGUAGACCCAGAGGCUGUGAUUAACCAGGCUCUUCAAACAGGAGGUGGACCCAAUGUUUCGGAUGCUUACACCAUCAAUGGGCUCCCAGGGCUCUUGUACAAUUGUUCUUCAAAAGAUACAUUUAAGUUAAAGGUGAAGCUAGGAAAAACGUACCUCCUCCGACUCAUCAACGCCGCAAUGAACGACGAGCUCUUCUUUAGCAUCGCAAAUCACACCCUCACAGUCGUGGAAGCCGAUGCCGUCUACGUAAAACCAUUCGUUACAGACACGCUUGUCAUCUCCCCGGGCCAAACCACAAACGUUCUCCUGAACACCAAACCCUUCUCCCCGAACGCCACCUUCCUCAUGUUAGCCAGCCCGUAUUUCACCGGCAUGGGCACUUUCGACAAUUCCACCGUUGCCGCGAUACUCCAAUACCAAAACUACCCUUCACCCCACAACAAAAGUCUUCCCCUGCACAAGCCAACACUACCACUCUUCAACUCCACAUUGUUCGUCUCCAACUUCACCAGAAAACUUAGGAGUUUGGCCAAUUCCAAAUUCCCAGCAAACGUCCCCCAAACAGUGGACAAGCAUUUCUUCUUCACUGUCGGGCUCGGGUCAUCCCCGUGCCCGACCAACACGACGUGCCAAGGACCCAACGGAUCGAAAUUCGCGGCUUCCGUCAACAAUGUCUCUUUUGCCCUCCCAACAAAAACGGCCAUGUUACAAUCCCAUUUCUCCGGCCGAUCAUACGGCGUUUACUCGACGGAUUUCCCUGCCUACCCGGCUCUCCCGUUUAACUACACGGGCACGCCGACGAAUAAUACGGUGGUGGGGAACGGGACGAAGGCGGUGGUGCUGCGGUUUAACGCUAGUGUGGAGUUGGUUAUGCAGGAUACCAGUAUACUUGGCGCGGAGAGCCACCCUCUCCAUUUACAUGGCUUUAAUUUCUUUGUUGUUGGUGAAGGGUCCGGGAAUUUCGACCCGAAUUGUGACCCGGGGAAAUUCAAUCUGGUUGAUCCGGUGGAGAGGAAUACGGUUGGAGUUCCAUCUGGUGGGUGGGUUGCCGUUAGAUUUCUUGCAGAUAAUCCAGGGGUCUGGUUUAUGCACUGCCAUUUUGAGGUGCACACAAGUUGGGGUUUAAAGAUGGCAUGGAUCGUACCGGAUGGCCCACUACCAAAUCAGAAGUUACCCCCACCGCCGUCCGAUCUUCCCAUGUGCUGACUUUUGACCAAUUGGGUGACCGGAUUAUUUAUUAACCAUUGUAAACUUUUGAUUGAGUUUUUUUUUUUUUGACACGAACUUUUGAUUGAGUUUGAUUGUAUCAACUUUCACACUUUAACUUAUAUUUUACUCUUCCGUC